CUCUCUCUCUCUCUCAAAAAUAAAUAAGCAUUACAAAAUUUUAGAAAUAAGUGUAUAAUCCAGUAGUUUCUAGCAUACUCAGAAUUAUACAGCAAUCACCACUAGUUGAUUUCAGAGCAUCUUCAUCUCCCCCAAGGAAACCCCAUAUAUACAUCAGCAGUCAUUUCCAUUUUCUCCUCCUUCCAGCCCCUGGCAGCCACCCAGCCACUGUCUCUGUCUGUGGAUUUGCCUCGUCAGGACGUUUCAUAUCACUGGAGUCAUACAGGUGGUGUUUGUGUCUGACAACUUUCACUGAGUGUGAUGUUUUCAAAUGAUGAGUGAUUUUCACUUGUGUUUUGGACAAUUUUGGUUGUGAUGUUAGGAGACUUUUCCAGGUUGGCAGGUAGCCACCUGUUUGAGCUCAGGGUGUAGGUUCUGGCCUUUUGUGGCUUUGGUUCCAAUGACAGUUCAGUUUUUAGGGGCUUUGUGAGGCUAUCCUGGCCUGUCUCAUUCUCCUGGUGCUGUGGGGCUCCCACUCAGUCCUUGCUGGUCCCCAGAAGUUGGUUGUCACUGUGUCACUAUCUGUGGUGGGGAGCCAGAGCCACUGGGCUUGGGUGGAAGGCAGAGGCACACAGAGCUUUGUGGCUGCAGUUGUGGGCAGAUUGGACUACCUGCUUGACUUUGGGUCUGAGUGAACCUGGUCUGUCAGCAGUUAUCAGGGUGAGAGGAAACCCGCAGCCUGGGGCCCUUGCUCAUGUGCUCAGGGCUUCUGAGGCCCCUGAUAUGCUCUGGAAAGGCCCUUGCUGUCUCCACUGGUUCCUGGAGGCCAUUGGUGACUCCUAUUUCUGCAUAUUUCACUCUGGACUGAAAUCUCUGCUCUUGUCCUAGUUGAACAGCAGGAACUGGUUGAGCCCUGGGGGGUUACAGUGCCAUGAAGGCAGCUCUCUGGGCCUUGGGACUGGGGACCCUUCUCCUCACUCUCAGUGCAGUCCCUGUUGGUGGACCAAGAGACCUGAGGCUGGCGUACAGACACAGUCCCUGCGACGGAGUCGUGCUAGUCCUACACGAUGGGCAGUGGGGACACGUGUGCAACCAGGAGUGGACGUUGGCAGAGGCAUCCGUGGUCUGCAGGCAGCUGGGCUGUGGACAUGCUGUGGGAGCCCCCAAGUACGUCCCACUGCCCGGGGAGAUGGUGCGGCCCUGGCUCCACAACGUGUCCUGCAGGGGUGACGAGCCCUCCCUCUGGGAGUGCAGCCUCGGGGCCUGGACACAGACCGAGUGUCCCCAUGAGUGGGUGGUGGUCGCUCUGUGUGCGAGUAAGUCUGAACAGGAGGGGGAAGAGGAGGAG